AGUCUUCCAGAGGAUCACUGGCAGUAUCCAACCAAAGGUGAGACAAAACAUGAUCUGUUUCCUGUGGAUCAUCUUCCCCUCCUUGGCCUCUAUGGCGCAGGCAGGGGGAUCAGGAAGUGCAGAGGUUGUGAAGGCUGCCGCGGGGGCAAAAGGGGGUGUGGGUAAUGCCGCUGGUGGCAAUGGCGCUAAUCCAGGGAUCCUCAAUGGCAUUGUGAUGAACGGACAGCUUCCUCAGCUGGUACCAGUGGGUGCCUUACUCCUCCAGCAGCCUGGGGGCGCUAUGCCUAUGAACCAGGGGGCCAUGCAGGUGCUUCCAGGGCCAGGUGUGCAGCCUGGGAUGACCUUCCCCCUGGCCUUCGCUCUGCCUCAGCAGCAGUUACCUCAGCAGCAACAACAGCUGCAGCUACCACAACAGCAACAACUACAGCUGCUGCUGCAGCAUCAGCUACAACAGCAUCAGCUACAACAACAGCAGCAGCAGCAGCAGCCUGGACUGCCCCAGGGCCAGAAUCAGCCACAACAGACAGCAGUGCCAGUGUUUGCAGUGUUGCCCCAAAUGAAUGGUAUGGCAGGGAUGGGAGGACUGCAGUUCCCUUGGAUGGCAGCAGGGCAGCAAAUGCAGUUUUUGUCUCUGGGAGCGGCAAAUCUCCAGCAGGGGGCAGGUGGCGGGCAGGGACAGGGGCAGGGCCAGGUCCAGGGGCAAGGAGGAGCAGCUAAAGCCCGAGUGAAGCACUCUGUCAGUGGCAUUCAAGAGCCCCUGUCAACGACCUCUGAACCAGCAAUGGUGAUGAAAACCCCAACCAUGAGACCCAUGUCCCUGGCUGAGAGACUGAAGCUCUCUGUGACUCCUCAAAGGAAAAGUGCCUGAGGAGAACCAUAUGAUCAGAGGGAGACCCAAGCUGAGACGGAGAAGAGGUUUCAGAAAAAAAGAAGAUUGACAGCAUCUUUAAAUACACCGUAAUAUAAUAUGUAGCUAACUGUUGGAUGGAUUCAUGUUGGAUUCAUGUUGUCAAAUUCCUUUUUAUUAACAAAUAAAUUUGUUUAACUCACAGAAA